CUCGUGCUUGGCCUUAAUGAAAUUAUUAUUAUUCAGUUCAAUCUCUUACCUUUUUCAACCACGUCAACAACAUCUGCGUAAACAAGUAUCGACUUAGUCCGCUGGAGCAGAGAGGGCUUGUUCAAAUGAUGGCUGGUGUUGUGCUACCAGUAACCGUGGUAUUCCUGGUCGCUAUGGUACACUUGAGUGGUGCUGCGGUUGUCGCCAGUACCUACUCCGCCGCCACCAUGGCCGGCAAGCUGCUGUCAGGGGCGUCCGUAGGUGCGGUGACCAACCCGCAGCGCUGCCUGCAGCUGUGUGGGGGGGCGCCUGCCUGCGUCGCCUUCAACUUCAACGACGUGACCAGGGAGUGCGAGCUCGUGGCUGCGGUAGCCGGCAGCGCGGUGCUGCCGGGCUGGCGCAGCUUCAGGAUGCUGUUGCCGCCGACCGCCAGGAUUAUGGACCCAUGCGCCAGCAGCCCGUGUCCUGCUAACAAGGUGUGUGUACAGCACUGGCCCCCGUCCUACGUCCCCCGGGACAUCAUGGCGUCCCUCAACUACUCCUCUCCGGGCUACGUCUGCUCGGGUCACCAGUGGCUCCUCGCCCGGCGCAGCGAGAACAAGACCAGGUGUGUGUACAAGAGCCUCGUUGACAUCGACUAUCCUAACUACGAUUUGGUCGAAAAGGACGCCCUCUACGCCGAGGCGCUUGCGUACUGCAGCCAGAACGACUGCCUCUCGUUUCUCGUCCACUGGCCAGUGGGUGCGCCUGUCAGGGUUUACCUCAAGACCAGCUCACCCCAAAUCGCCGGAUCACUCAAUCCGCUGAAGGAUGUCAUAACCUGGUAUCCUGAGUGUCGCUGAACCAAGCUGUUGUUUCAUCCACGAAGCGUGAUAUACUGUCUACUGUCAAGCAUGAUUGAGUAUUGACUGGCGUCCCUGACAACCAUGUUGAAGGGACGCUUUUCCUACAGAUGAUAGUUCGCGAGAUGUGCCACCUUUCAAAGUCGUGGCCUCCCACUAAAGUCAUGGCUGCCCGUUAUUGUCAUGGCUGUCCGUUAUUGUCAUGGUUGAGCACGACCGACACACAUGACCAACUCACUGACCACUGGAGAAUUCCACUUCCUCGAGCAUUUGCCUUCUGGUAAUGAACGUCCUGUUAAUGAACGUCCUGUUAAUGAAUGUCCUGUUAAUGAACGUCUUGUUACACUAAUUUUAUUUGUCCACGAUCUCACGCAUGCCGAUGCUGAAACGCAAGAAAUUG